AUGUCCAUGCUAAAGCGUAUGCGUAAGUUUCCCGCGCUGAUUUUCAAAAUGGCGUCGGUUCGUCGGUUGUUAGAAUCUCGACAUGUCUACACACAAAAUGAAUGGCUUGAGGCAUGCAUAAGCUUUGUCAAGGAAGAUAACGAGGUUUGCAUUCGUCUUCUUCAUUACUUUUGGAGUUUAACCACUUAAUAUAUUGUCUAAACUGCAAUGAAUCGAUCACAGGAGAGACAGCUGACAUCUACCCAACUGAACGAACUGGUGUAUGAGCAGUGGCUGAUGGCUGAAAUUCAAGAAUCUAGUCUCCCUCGCUUACCAGAGGGGCUCGGUAACACGGAUAUCUGCAAACUAGAGGGAUAUUUCAACCUACAGGUCUCUAUUUGCAUUCAUGUUUGUGCUCUCUCGUCUAAAGCUAAUGUAUGAUAAGUACCAGUCAAUUCCCUCGUUCCGAGACAUAGAGUGGACAUACAUACAAAGUCUCAAUAGGCCAUUUUACAGUUACCUAUGGAAGCGAGGCUGGAUUUGACCUUUUUUUGAUACAAACCUUCCUGCUUUAUUAUGUAAAUCAAGUUAUUCUUAUGCCAACUAGUAUUUUUCAUGGACAAUUUCUAUAACAAAGAAAAGGAGGUUUGUAUCAAAACAAGGUCACUAUCAGCCUCACAUUCACUCGAAGGCUAGGGUACUAAGUCCACAACUGUUAAAUGGUCUGUUCCAAAACUGCCUUCCCCCCACCCCCCCACCCCCCAACCCUUGCCAUACCCGGACAUUUGACUGAAGUUUUGCUCUGCACUUGAUCCAAGUGAGGCUUGCCUGGUCAGGUAUUUAACUUUCAUGUCGAAACACUGAUCAGCAUCGCAAGCAAAAGGAUUUCAUAAUUCUUUCAUUGUGCACGUGCGUUGGGUUCACGGGUCACUGCUCCAAUGUUCAUUGCACCAUCUUGUUAUGGACAUUUGAGAGCCUCUGAAAAAUCUCAUGCUUCAAUUUAGAAGCACUAGCUCAUAGGGCAUUGACCAUCUAAACUGCCAAAUUUUGACCCAAAUUUUUCUGAAGUCAAAUGCCCAGGAGGGAGGGCAUGGGUGGUUUUGGAAUUGACUGGGACAUAAAAGCAGGCUUUGGGGUGUGUUGGGUAGGGCCUGAACAAUCGAUGAACUGAAUGAUCGAUGACAAUCGGUAUCAAUAACUGAUAUAGAUUAUAUGUUAAUCAGUAAUCAAUUGAUAUUGUUAGUCAAUGUUUUUUUGUGAGUAUUGAGUGUCAUUGGUUAUCCAUUUCAUUAGUAAUCAGUGGGAAUUGAUCAACAAAUAACAUCAAUUUUCAUUGAUUAUGUUUAUCACUGAUUACUAAUACAGUACACAUUUUGAUGACAUUACAAGAAUCUCUGGCUUAAUUGCACUAUGAUUCCUGGAACAAGAUUUUUACUUUUCUAAAAACCAGACUACUACUUUUAAUGUCUGCCAAACUUGAAAUUAUAUUAAUCUGAAGUUACUCUAAACCACUCUUGGAAAUUACACAUAGUAAACGUGUUUUCUUAUCUGUAUUGUAGAUCAAUUCUAUACUGAAUGUUGGAGAGUCAGCUUAUUCUCAGAUUCAAAAAAUGAAAGGUCAGGAUGACCCAGAAGAUCUAAACUGGAAAAGAAAUGUAAUGUAUUUUAUUAUUAUUGUUAUUAUUUUUUCAUGUAACUGGUAUAUCAUAUAAUUUUAUUCACACUUUCUGUCAUUUUCUCAAGUAGAUCAUAACUCAUUUUAUGAUAACUUAUUAAUCUCUCAGUGACUGAUUGGUCGAGGGCUAUGUUUGAUAAGAGUACAAACCCUGAUAUGAUGUGAUGGUGGCACAGUUUAUUUUUGUCUUUCUCGUGCACCAAAUUUUCUCAAGAAACUUUAAUGGAAAUGGACAUGAAAACUGCCAUUCAACAAUAAUUUUCCACAUUCUGUACUCUUAUCGACCAUAGAAAUGACAUCAAAAUGUUCAAAACUUUGCAGUGAAACCACUCGCCCACAGCUUGUGUUUCCACUUGAGUUUUGAACAUUUUCAUGCCAGUGCUACUUGGUUCCUCCGUACUUGCCAGUCACUCUUGGGAUGGACACCCAGUUGGCUGGUAAAGCACCAGUAGAGCAUAUGCUGGCCCCGAAGGCAUGUGUUCAUGUGAAGGCAAUGUUGUUAAUUUAAUUGCCUUUAUUUUUCUUGGGCCGGUUUGCUAUUUUGUUGUUGUUGUCCUUUUAGUUUUAUAAUACUUAAUAGUUCACUCAAGAGGAGAAUUUUAUAAAGGUUUUGGAGAAGUCCCAUAGAGAUUAGCCUGUGAGCUGGAGACGUAUUUGCGGUCGUCGCUUCUCCCACCUCAGCGGAUGAAACUAGAGCCGAAAAAACAGGAUGCUCUCAGGCUACAUAGAGAUUUCUAUUUCCGCUUUUAGGGAUUCCUGUUGCUAAGCUUAGCUCUUAGACAGUUGGGAAAAUCCCCCCUAAACGACUGCCCUGUUGAUUCUCCAGACCCAAAGUGCUGAAACAACCAGUAACUCUUGGACCAACCAUUUGCCCCUCCCCACUAUUAAAGGACUUCAGCCUGUAAUAGACAGAAUUAACAACCUCACUUUAUACAUGUAACCUACAUUUACUUUUGACUAUAUCAUAUAAUGCAAGGAUGCAAUGUAAAGUGGAUAUUUUUCUUUAUUUUCAGCCUUCAGAGCCAAAGAUCAAGUCUAGUAGGAUGCUACUUCUUGAACUGACAGAUGGAACACAGACUGUAUUUGGCAUGGAAUACCAACUGAUUCCAGCUCUCAAAGUUAGCACACCUCCGGGAACAAAGGUUGUUAAUUUAGUCGACAUGCAUUUUUCUAGGGCUGGUCUGCUAAUUCUUUGUUUCAGUUAAACAAUAUUAUAGUUCAAGUGUACAAAUUGCCAUGUUCAGAGUAGCUGGGUUAAAUUCCCAGCCCCCAACCCUUAAUGACAGCCUGAUUACCAUUUACUGCUUUUCUCAGAUACAAGUGAGUGGAAACAUACCUUGCCGUCUGGGAGCAUUGCUACUUACAGCUAGCAAUGUUAGAGUUUUAGGUGGCAGUGUGCAGAUGUUGGAAGGAAACUCUUAUUGGAAUGUCCUUCAUCAGGCCAUGUGGGUUGUUUCUGAAUAAAUAGUAUAAUUAUUCUGAUUAUUUGCCUAUGUUUUUUAUUAAUUUUGUUAAGAUUUUGAAAAUUAACCAGUCAUAAUUCAUUAUGAUUUCCAAGUGCACAGUCAGAGCUUUUUUGAAUAACCAUAUGAGGUUGCUUGUUUAGAUAAAAUUUCAGCAAUGAGGAAGAAUUUUGAGGUCUGCACUUUUUCAAAUUUUUUGUUCAACAUACACCCACCUCACACCUAAAACUUUUUUCAUUCACUUGUGGCACAGAUUAAAUUUCAUAAGUAUUACAGGUUCUCUAAAACUCUAUUUUUCUCUCAUAGAGGGCAAGACCCACCUGAACGGCCUGGUAUGAUAAAAACAGAAAGCAUAGACAAUGAGGAGUUCACUCUUAAUUCAGUAAACACGGAAAAUAGUACAGCUGGAGAUUUCAUUAAUAAUAAUCAGAGGCCACUUGUUAAGACAGAGACCCAUCCAACAAAUUCUUCCUCUGUGGAACCCACUAGCAAUGAUCAGAGGAACAACAGAAGAAAUGUUUCUGAAUGUGGAGGGAGAUCAGUUAUUAAACAAAAAAGACAAAAUGAAAGUAGGACGGUCAAUAGUACUGUGUCUGCAAAUUCCCACAGUAAUAUUAAAGUGGAAGAUGUGAGCAAUCAAGAUUUCUUUGAUGAUGAUGAUGACAUAAUUGCUGCCAUCGCAGAUGAAGAUUAUUUUGGCGUUGAUGAAGACUUUGAUAUGGAACAGAUAGAUCAGUUAGAGUUGGGACUGCAAAGUGCAAACAACACUGUUACAGCAAAAAGGAAACCAAAUGCUAGCACGAGAAAUGUUCAAAAUGUUGAUGUGGAGAUGUUGUGUGAUGGUGAUGAAAUUUUUGAGGAUGAUUUUGUUCCAAAUGAAUUGCUUAUGGAGGAUGAAGAAUAUAUGGAAAUAAAACCUCUUCAACAAAGAAUUGGAAUGUUGCAUCAAUCAAAGAAAGCAAGAAUAACUUCCCUUGAAUCGAGCAGUUAUGUUAGGAAUUCAAGUUCUUCAGAUUCUUCUUAUCAUAGAGUAGAAGCAAACAGAAAUUCUUUGCGAUCAAAUGAUGUUUACUCUGUCAAGACAGAAACAAACUAUCCUAUUUGUCAUGAUGUGAUAAACACAGAGCCUUUGUCCUCAACAAAAGCAAAAGGCAUAAUUGCAAAACCCUCUGAGGUCUCAAAAAAGGCAUCACCAUUUCAAGUGAAGAGGGGUAUUGACUCCACAAUCAUCACUGACACCGUUCCCCAUGGUAGUCACCCAUUUCAUAUGCUUGAUGAUGAAUCAAAGCAUUUUGAAGUACAAGGUAAGUAAAUGGUACAAAGCACAUUCAACGUUACAUUGCUACAAGUGUUCUUGUCAAUAAGACAUUUUAAAUCCAGUUUGGUCAGAAAUUUAUCAAACAGAAAUCACUUUCUACAUUAAGCCACCGGCACCCCUCUUUGAUUCUUAUAUUAGCUUCGUUAGUAUCCCCUCAAUUGCUUUAGAUUCUUUAUUAUUAUCAUUAUUUUUAUUAUCUUUAUCAUUAGCAUUAUCAUUAUUGUUAUUAUUAUUAUUGUUUUUGUUGCUGUUGUUGUUGUUGUUGUUGUUGUUGUUGACUAUUCUUUAUGCAAACUAUACUUAACUUGUAGAUUUGGAAUAUAAUCCACCUCCCUUUGAGUACCUAUCAAAUGUUUUGAAAAGAUGUCCAGUCAAAGAACAACUGAUUGUCAGAGUCAAGGUUGGUGUUUUUACAUCGUGGAUUACUAGCCUACAGUCAGGUUUCCUUUUUUUGUAGGUUUGGUCUGAAUUUAAUCCUAUCUAGCUUGUAGUGCAUCUUAUUUAUUUUUGUUUCAAAUUUUGUCCCUGCAAUUUGAAGAUGCUAAAUGACCAUUUACUUCUAGGGGUGAGGGGAAGGUAAAACACUUUGUCUGAUUUGUCUGCAAGGGGCUGCAUUCAUUUUGAGGUGUAAAGGAAGUCUUAAACUGCAUGAUUCCUUCCACUUCCUCCCGUCAGGGGAUUGCCCAAGUCCCAAAACCACAAACCCUGAAAGGAAUUUGCCAGUGCUGGUUUUGUUUACCCUCUGCCCAAACUGUGACCCAACCAGUUAAAGCUAUGCUUUUCCUUUUAUGAUAGGCUCGAUUUCCCCCACUGACUCUCUCAGGUCAAGUGAAGCUCAUUUCCAGGACAGUUCUUUUCACCAUACCAUCAUUAUUUUCUUUUCUUAGGCUUAUAUUGCCACCAUUGUUUCUCGUUCCAAACCAAUGUCACCAAACUGGAAUGUCACUGUGAAACUGAAUGAUGGAACAAAUACUGUGGAUGCUGAUCUCAGUGACAAGGUUAAAAAACAAGAUGUUUGACAAUUAUUGAAAAAAUGAGUUAAAACAAAAAAUAAUAGCUUGAAAAGGUUUUGUGGUGUGAAUUUUUCUUUGAUCCAUAAUUACGUGUUUCUGAACCUAAUACCAGUUUUGAGACCUCUUUAAGGCAGAGAGAAUAAAAAUCAAUUAAAACUAGCUAUAAAGUUUUACAACUAAAAAAUCCUGGAUUUUAUAGGCAGGGAAAGAUUCUUCACGUGGCAUUUGAGAAGUGCAUGAAUUUUGCUGGAAUGGACAUUGGAGAGAUCAUACAUGACAUAAAGGCCUUUAAAAAGUAUUUCACUGAUUUUCACGUAGCUAAAGUGUUGUAGGUUAUUAUAUUGGUAAUUAUUGUAUCUUCAGGUCCUUUCUGAGUUGAUGGAAUUUCCAGUGGAUGAAUAUCGGGUAAGUAGGCCUUGA